AUGGCAUCGAGGAUUUCGUCUCUCGCCCGUGUCGGCACAAAUGCCCGCAUGACCUUCGGCAUGCGUCGCUUCUACGCUUCCGCUCCCUCGUUCACCCCGAAGACGAAGACCACCACCUUGCCCAACGGCUUCACCGUCGCUACUGAGUCCUCUCCCUACGCACAGACCGCUACUGUUGGUGUUUGGAUCGACGCUGGAUCCCGUGCUGAGGACUCCAAGAACAACGGCACUGCUCACUUCUUGGAGCACCUCGCCUUCAAGGGUACCAAGUCCCGGACACGCGAGCAGCUCGAGAAGGAGAUUGAGUUCAGGGGAUCUCACUUGAACGCCUACACUUCCCGUGAGCAGACCGUCUACUACGCCAAGACUUUUAAGGACGACGUUCCCGCCGCCGUUGAUGUCCUCGCCGACAUUCUCCUUAACUCUAAGCUUGAGGAGUCCGCUAUUGAGCAGGAGCGUGGUGUCAUCCUCCAGGAGUCCGACGAGGUUGACAAGCAGCUCGAGGAGGUUGUCUUCGACCACCUUCACGCCACCGCGUUCCAGCACCAGCCUCUCGGCCAGACUAUCCUCGGUCCCCGGGAUAACAUCAGGAAGAUUACCCGUGACGACAUUACCUCCUACAUCAAGCAGAACUACACCGCUGACCGCAUGGUUCUCGUCGGUGCUGGUGGUGUUGAGCACGAUGCCUUGGUUAAGCUCGCCGAGAAGCACUUCGGUAAUCUCCCUACCUCCCAGAACGCUAUUGGCUUUGGUACGGCCCGUGGCCCGAAGCCUCAGUUCGUCGGUUCUGAAGUCCGUGUUCGUGACGACACCAUGCCCGCCGCCCACAUCGCUAUCGCCGUCGAGGGUGUCUCGUGGAAACACCCCGACUACUUCACCAUGCUCGUCAUGCAGUCGAUCAUCGGUAACUGGGACCGUGCCCUCGGUAACGCCUCCGAGUUGGGCUCCCGCCUCUCCCACAUGGUCUCCAAGAACCACCUCGCCAACUCCUACUCUUCCUUCUCCACCAGCUACGCCGACACCGGUCUCUGGGGUAUCUACAUGGUCUCCGAGAACCUUACCCAGCUUGAUGACCUUAUCCACUUCACCUUGAAGGAGUGGUCCCGUCUUUCUACCUCCCCUACUGAGGCCGAGGUCGAGCGUGCAAAGGCUCAGCUCCGUGGUGCUUUGUUGCUCUCCCUUGACUCUACCACCGCCGUCGCUGAGGACAUUGGUCGCCAAAUCGUCACCACCGGUCGCCGUAUGACCCCUGCUGAAAUUGAGCGUCACAUUGGCAAGAUUACUGUUGAGGAUGUUAAGCGUGUUGCCCAGGAGAAGUUGUGGGACCAGGACGUCGCCAUGGCUGCUAUCGGUCCUAUCGAGGGUAUCCUUGACUACAACAGAAUCCGCACCGACAUGUCCUUGAACAGGUACUAA